AUGGCUUUGCCUAAGCGUAUUGUGAAGGAGACGGAGCGUCUCAUGGCUGAGCCGGUACCCGGAAUCAGUGCCGUCCCUCACGAGGACAACCUCCGCUACUUCGAUGUCGAAAUUCACGGACCUACACAAUCUCCGUAUGAAGGCGGUGUCUUCAAGCUCGAGCUCUUCCUUCCCGACGACUACCCCAUGACUCCCCCCAAGAUUCGCUUCCUUACCAAGAUCUUCCACCCGAAUGUCGACAAGCUGGGCCGCAUCUGUCUCGAUGUUCUGAAGAACAACUGGUCCCCUGCCCUCCAGAUCCGCACUAUUCUCCUCUCAAUCCAGGCCCUCCUCGGCGCCCCCAACCCCGACGACCCCCUCGCCGCCGACGUCGCGAAGAGCUGGAAGGAGGACGAGCAGGCCGCCAUCGCGACGGCCAAAGAGUGGACCACGAAAUUCGCUGUGCCCAAAUAG